ACAGCAUUUGGCUCUCUGAGCUCCGAGGCAGGACGACGAGGGGCGACGGGCCUGAAUAGGAAGUCCCGCGAGGUUAGGCCAAGAGAGCGUGCAGUAGCCGGGCAGAAGUCCCAGGGGCGGGGGGAGUGUGGGAGUGAGAGGGAGGGCACACGUCUUACGUGCUGACGUAGCAGUCUUGCGAGUGAGUAUAUUAGACCCGUGGCCGCGCCGGGCGCUCCAGAGCCGCAGUUCUCCCGUGAGAGGGUCUUUGCGGUGAACUAAACACACUCGCUCAGCAGCGGAAGACUCCGAGUUCUCGGUACUCUUCAGGGAUGAGUCAUGUGGCGGUGGAAAAUGCGCUCGGGCUGGACCAGCAGUUUGCUGGCCUAGACCUGAACUCUUCAGAUAAUCAGAGUGGAGGAAGUACAGCCAGCAAAGGGCGCUAUAUCCCUCCUCAUCUAAGAAACAGAGAAGCUACUAAAGGAUUCUACGAUAAAGAUAGUACAGGGUGGAGUUCCAGUAAAGAUAAGGAUGCAUAUAGCAGUUUUGGGUCUCGUAGUGAUUCAAGAGGGAAGUCUAGUUUCUUCAGUGAUCGUGGAAGUGGAUCAAGGGGAAGGUUUGAUGAUCGUGGACGGAGUGACUAUGAUGGCAUUGGCAGUCGUGGUGACAGAAGUGGCUUUGGCAAAUUUGAACGUGGUGGAAACAGUCGCUGGUGUGACAAAUCAGAUGAAGAUGAUUGGUCAAAACCACUCCCACCAAGUGAACGCUUGGAACAGGAGCUCUUUUCUGGAGGCAACACUGGGAUUAACUUUGAGAAAUAUGAUGACAUUCCAGUUGAGGCAACAGGCAACAACUGUCCUCCACAUAUUGAAAGUUUCAGUGAUGUUGAGAUGGGAGAAAUUAUCAUGGGAAACAUUGAGCUUACUCGUUAUACUCGCCCAACUCCAGUGCAAAAGCAUGCUAUUCCUAUUAUCAAAGAGAAAAGAGACUUGAUGGCUUGUGCCCAAACAGGGUCUGGAAAAACUGCAGCGUUUCUCUUGCCCAUCUUGAGUCAGAUUUAUUCAGAUGGUCCAGGCGAGGCUUUGAGGGCCAUGAAGGAAAAUGGAAGGUAUGGACGCCGCAAACAAUACCCAAUCUCCUUGGUAUUGGCACCAACGAGAGAACUGGCAGUACAGAUCUAUGAGGAAGCCAGAAAAUUUUCAUACCGGUCUAGAGUUCGUCCUUGCGUGGUUUAUGGUGGUGCUGAUAUUGGUCAGCAGAUUCGAGACCUAGAACGUGGAUGCCACUUGUUAGUAGCCACUCCAGGCCGUCUAGUGGAUAUGAUGGAAAGAGGAAAGAUUGGAUUAGACUUCUGCAAGUAUUUAGUGCUAGAUGAAGCUGAUCGGAUGUUAGAUAUGGGAUUUGAACCUCAGAUACGUAGAAUAGUUGAACAAGAUACUAUGCCUCCAAAGGGUGUCCGCCACACUAUGAUGUUUAGUGCUACUUUUCCUAAGGAAAUACAGAUGCUUGCUCGUGAUUUCUUGGAUGAGUAUAUCUUUUUGGCUGUGGGAAGAGUUGGCUCUACCUCUGAAAACAUUACCCAGAAAGUAGUUUGGGUGGAAGAAUUAGACAAACGGUCAUUUCUGCUUGACCUCCUAAAUGCAACAGGCAAGGAUUCACUGACCCUGGUGUUUGUGGAGACCAAAAAGGGUGCAGAUUCUCUGGAGGACUUCUUAUACCAUGAAGGAUAUGCUUGUACCAGUAUCCAUGGAGACCGAUCUCAGAGAGAUAGAGAAGAGGCCCUUCACCAGUUCCGCUCAGGAAAAAGCCCAAUUCUAGUUGCCACAGCAGUAGCGGCAAGAGGACUGGAUAUUUCAAAUGUGAAACAUGUUAUCAAUUUUGACUUGCCAAGUGAUAUUGAAGAAUAUGUACAUCGCAUUGGCCGUACAGGACGUGUAGGAAACCUUGGCCUGGCCACCUCAUUCUUUAACGAGAGGAACGCAAAUAUUACUAAGGAUUUGUUGGAUCUUCUUGUUGAAGCUAAACAAGAAGUGCCGUCUUGGUUGGAAAACAUGGCUUAUGAACACCACUACAAGGGUAGCAGUCGUGGGCGUUCUAAGAGUAGUAGAUUUAGUGGAGGAUUUGGUGCCAGAGACUAUCGACAAAGUAGUGGUGCCAGCAGUUCCAGCUUCAGCAGCAGUCGUGUGAGCAGUGGCCGAAGUGGUGGAGGUGGCCACGGCAGCAGCAGAGGAUUUGGUGGAGGUGGCUAUGGAGGCUUUUACAACAGUGAUGGAUAUGGAGGAAAUUACAACUCCCAGGGGGUUGACUGGUGGGGUAACUGAGUCUGCUCUGCAGUAGGUCACCCUGCCAAACAAGCUAAUAUGGAAACCACAUGUAACUUAGCCAGACUAUACCUUGUGUAGCUUCAAGAACUCGCAGUACAUUACCAGCUGUGAUUCUCCACUGAAAUUUUUUUUUUAAGGGAGCUCAAGGUCAUAAGAAGACAUGAAAGGAACAAUCAGCAGCCCUGUUCGGAAGGUGGUUUGAAGACUUCAUUGCUGUAGUUUGGAUUAACUCCCCUCCCGCCUACCCCCAUCCCAAACUGCAUUUAUAAUUUUGUGACUGAGGAUCAUUUGUUUGUUAAUGUACUGUGCCUUUAACUUUAGACAACUUUUUAUUUUGAUGUCCUGUUGGCUCAGUAAUGCUCAAGAUACCAAUUGUUUUGACAUAAUAAAUUUACUGAACUUGGGCUAAAAUCAAACCUUGGCACACAGGUGUGAUACAACUUAACAGGAAUCAUCGAUUCAUCCAUAAAUAUUAUAAGGAAAAAACUUAUGCGGUAGCCUGCAUUAGGGCUUUUUGAUACUUGCAGAUUGGGGGAAAAACAAGCAACAAACGUCUUGAAGCAUAUUAAUGGAAUUAGUUUCUAAUGUGGCAAACUGUAUUAAGUUAAAGUUCUGAUUUGCUCACUCUAUCCUGGAUAGGUAUUUAGAACCUGAUAGUCUUUAAACAAGCCAUUCCAGUCAUGAUGAGGUGAUGUAUGAAUACAUACAUUCAAAGCACUGUUUUCAAAGUUAAUGCAAGUAAAUACAGCAAUUCCUCUUUCAAUGUUUAGGCAGAUGAUGAAGUAUGAGCUAGCCAAAUGUGGGCAUACUAUUAUAGGGAAAGUUUAAAGGUCUGAUAACUUGAAAUAGGUUUUUAGGAGAAUUCAUCUACUUAGACUUUUUGAAUGCCUGCCAUAAAUGAAAUCGAAAUGGUAGAAUGGCUGACCACAGCAAUGACCAGCCCUCAUUAGGGCCCUGGAUGAUUUUUGGUCUAAUAACGCAUGCUAGUGUUGAUGUUUUUUGGUCAAGAUGGUAGGAACAGGAAGAAUUAUGCAGCAGGCUUUAUUUUAAAUGCCGAUUCACAUUACUCUGUUCAAGCUGCGUUGAGAUGUUAAACUGGCUUACUAUAGACUUUGUAAAAAUGGCUCCAGAAGAGUAUAACAAACUGAAAUCUUUGAGAUCA